AUGCUGGCGGUCGGAGUCUGCCACGGGACGGCGCAUCAGCUCGCGGCCUCUCCCAUCGAAGCAUUCUCGCUGCGCGGCACCCAGCUGCUGGUCAAGCGCGACGACAGGCUUGCGCUGGGCUCGGGGGUGUCGGGCAACAAGGCUCGGAAGCUGCUUGCACUCGAGGCCAUGUCGCCUGGCCCGAGCCUGAUUGGCUCGUUCGGUGGGCACCAGUCGAACGCGAUGGCGGCGCUUGCGGCGGUGGCGGACGCGCACGGUGCCCGCUUCCUCUACUUUACCAAGCCGCUCCCUCGGUGGCUGGCUGCCGCCCCGAGCGGCAACCUCGAGCGGGCGCUCUCCCUCGGGAUGGAGCUGGUCGAGCUGGCAGACGCGGAGUACGCGUCUCUCUUUGGCGCGGGCGGCGGAGUGCUGCCUGCGGUCGCGCCUCGGCCGCCGGCCGCCCUCCUCCCCCCGGAGGCGCUCUGGCUGCCGCAAGGCGGCGCUGCGGCGCUGGCCGAGCCCGGCGUCGCGACCCUGGCGCGCGAGGUGCGCGAGUGGUGGCAGCCGAGGAGCGGGCGGCUCGACCUCGUCGUCCCGGCGGGCACCGGCACGACGGCCCUCUUCCUCGCGCGCCACCUCUCGCAGACCAGCGCCGUCACCGUGUGGGCGGUGCCGUGCGUCGGCGACGGAGACUACAUCGAGGCGCAGAUGCUCGCGCUCGACCGCUGCACGGGCGGCGCCGUAGGAACUAACAGAAAGGCACUGCCCCGCACGCUCGCGAUGCCGGGCGGCGCGGCGCACCACUUCGGCGCCCUCGACGGGGAGGAGCUGGCGAUGUGGCAGGAGGCGGCCCGCGCCGGCCUCGACGUCGACCUGCUGUACGCGCCGCACGCCCUGCGAGUGCUCUUCGACACGCUCCUCUCGCACGAGCGCGCGGGCGAGGGCGACGCGACCACCCUGUACCUCCACACUGGUGGGCUGGAAGGGGUGGAGUCGCAGCUGCGGCGGUAUCGAAGAGCGGGGUGGGAGGCGCAUAUCUCCGACAGCGUGUGUUCGGCGGCUACCGUGUCGGCGGCUACCUCCAUGAUACCGCCCCCUUCCGCGGCGCGGAGCGCCAGCUCCGUGACAGCUCACGGGCUGCGCCGCACGCUGGCCACCAUAUCCGCCGUAGCGAUCGGCGACUGGCCAUCGGCCGUCGACAAUUCGCUGCUCCGCGAGCUCGUGCCGGACGAGUCUGGCAAGCCUCCGCAGCUGAGCAGAGAGGUCCGAGGCGCCCACUACGUGAGUGUCCGUCCUUCGGUGCCGGCGCCGGCGCCACGCCUCGUCGCCUACUCUUCCGAAGUCGCCUCCUCGCUCGGCCUCUCGGCUGAGACCUGCGAGAGCGACGAGUUUCUGCAGUUUUUCGCGGGCAAGGUCCCGGAAGCGGUCCCGUGUUGGGCAACCUCGUACGGCGCCAGCUUCGCGGGGCGGUACGGCGGGCAGCGGGGCGACGGGCGUGCCAUCUCCGUCGGCCAGGUCAACGGGCUCGAGGUGCAGCUCAAGGGUGCGGGCACCACGCCCUUCAGCCGCCGCUUCGACGGGCGGGCCGUGCUCCGCUCCUCGGCGAUGCACCACCUCGGCGUCCCGACGACGCGCGCCCUCGCGGUCGUGGCGAGCGGCGACACGGUCCAGCGGGCGUGGUACGACUCGCAAGGCAGGGAGCGGGUGGGGCUCGAGCCGGGGGCGGUGGGUGCGAGGGUGGCGCCCUCCUUCCUCCGCUUCGGCCAGUUUGAGCUCUUUUACCAGCGGGACGAGCCCGCCCUCCUCCGCGCCCUCGCGGAGCCGGAGGCGCCGCUGUCGCGGCUGCUCGUCCUCCUGUUUCGCGAGGUGUGCGAGCGGCAGGCGCGCCUCGUGGCAGAGUGGCUGCGCGUCGGCUACUGUCAGGGCAACAUGAACUCGGACAACUCGGCCCUCUGCGGCGUGACGCUCGACUACGGCCCCUUCGGCUUCCUCGAGCGGUUCGACCCGAUGCACUGCCCUUGGGUGGGCGGAGGGGCGGAGUACUCCUUCGGGCGGCAGCCUCAGGCGGCGGCCAUCAACCUCUCCAUCCUCUCCGAGGCGUGGGCAGACCUCCUGCGCGCCGUCGCCACGGAGGAGGGGCUCACGCGCGCUGAGGCGGACGAGGCCGUGCAGCAGACGCGCGAGGGCGCGAGAUUAGCCGAGAAGAGUAGCGGCGCACCGCGCAAGCUCGGCCUCGUCUCCUGGGACGACGACGCCGCCGAGCUGUGGACGUCGCUCUUCGGGCUGAUGGCGACCCGCUCCGGGCCGCAGGGCAUCGACUUCACCGUCUUCUUCCGCUCGCUCGGCGACCUCACGAACGACCUCCCGGACGGCGGCGACGGGCUCGCGGCGGCGCGGGCGGCGGCGAUCGGCGGCGCUGCCGAGUGGCCGCAGGAGCACCUCGAGGCGUGGCGCGAGUGGGCGGCGCGGUACUGGGGUAGGGUGGGCGCCGAGGCGCGGCCGGACGGGGAGCGGCGGCGCGAGAUGGCGGCGGCGAACCCAAAGUACAUUCUGCGCAACUGGAUGCUGGCCGAGGCGUACGAGGCGGCCGAGCGCGGCGACAGCUCCGCGGUCCACGCGCUGCACGCGCUGCUGCGCAGCCCGUACGAGGAGCAGCCCUCCGCCGACCCGCGCUACGCGCAGCCGACGCCCGACUGGGCGCGCGGCAGGCCCGGGCUCGCCUUCAUGAGCUGAUCCUCGUAGGCGCGGGAAGCGGCCAAUCGGCCCGCCCCGCGCCGACGACGCGCACCCCUCACCUCUCUCCGCAACGCGCUCGACGGCCCGAGAUGACGCGGGCGGGCUCAAAAUCGCUGCACCGGCGAACCCCGCACCGCUGAGAAGAGCCGUCGAACAGAGACGCGUUGGGGAGAGGGGAGUGAAUAGAGGGUAUCUCCGGUUCUCGAAUGAUCCCUCUUACCUC